AUGACUGCAUGGUUAGGGGCCUCCUACGUUUUGCCUAUUCUGCUAGUCAGCUUUGUGCAGACAAAUGCCAAGCCUGAGAAGACGAAGAUGGAUUGCUACAAAGAUGUGAAAGGCACCAUCUAUGAAUAUGAAGCCCUCACUCUCAAUGGAAAUGAACGCAUUCAGUUCAAGCAGUAUGCGGGCAAGCAUGUUCUUUUUGUCAAUGUGGCCACCUAUUGUGGUCUGACAGCUCAGUAUCCUGAACUGAAUUCACUUCAGGAGGAGCUGAAGCCCUUGGGCCUGGUUGUAUUGGGCUUUCCCUGCAACCAAUUUGGGAAGCAGGAGCCAGGAGAGAACUCAGAGAUCCUUCCGGGGCUGAAGUAUGUCCGUCCAGGCAGAGGCUAUGUCCCUAACUUCCAGCUCUUUGAGAAAGGGGAUGUGAAUGGUGAAAAAGAACAGAAAGUCUUCACCUUCUUGAAGCUCUCCUGCCCUCACCCCUCAGAGGUUCUAGGCUCCUUCAGACACAUCUCCUGGGAUCCUGUAAAGGUCCACGAUAUCCGCUGGAACUUUGAGAAGUUCCUGGUGGGGCCCGAUGGAGUCCCUGUCCUGCGCUGGUUCCACCGGACUCCCAUCAGCACUGUCAAGGCAGACAUCCUGGUCUACCUGAAACAGCUCAAAAUGAAAUAG